AUGCAGACAAGGCGGGCAAUGGCAACAUGCACUCUCGCUGCUCAGCGAGAUGCGGGAGGCGAAGGUGGAGCCCAAUCCCUGGUCAGCUACAGCGCUGGGAUCAGCGCGUGCGAGAAGGGCGAGCAGUGGCAGCGGGCGCUGGCUCUGCUCAGCGAAAUGCGGGAGGCGAAGGGGGAGCCCGACGUCACCCUCAUCUACAGCGCUGGGAUCAGCGCGUGCGGUAACGGCGAGCAGUGGAAGCGGGCGCUGGCGUUGCUGAGCGAGAUGCGGGAGGCGAAAGGGGAGCCCGACUCCAUACGACAGUACCCGGCAUUGCGCGUGCGAGAAGGGCAAGCGAUGGUCACCCGCGGCGGCGCCCCGGGGGCCCCGCCCGUGGGGUGA